GGAACCAGAAGGAACCUUUAUAGAACCUGACAUGCGCAAAAAGACGCGGAACUUUCAGUCGUAUCUCUUGGAAUUAACAUUUUCUUUGUUCUCAUGCUCGACUAGCAAAUUAGUUGAAUAUAGCAUAAAAUAUUUAAAGGGAAUUCUUAUUGUUUUUGUCUCGUAUCAUCUAUUGAACUCAUUCCUUCCAUGUUGGUCUUACUUGCAUUGCUAUAAUUCACUUUCAAAACACUUCACUUGCAUGCAAGUAUUGACAAGCAUCAGCGAUUAUGCAGAGUUGAAGAGGACGUUAACCUCUAUUCACGAGUUGUUAAUGCUUCAGGAUAAAUAGACGAAGAAACCUAAGCAAUUAUAAUCAUUUAGUAAUUAGUACGUGAUUUUCAGGAGUUUAAAUUAAAAUUGAUAUAUAUAAAAAAAGAAGAAAAAGGGAAACGUAACUCAAAGUGAACUGGAAGAGAAACCAAUUAUGAAUUGGAUUUUAUACUCCAGAUGGAUUCGGAGAUAAAGCCCUACAGGUCAUUGCCACCUCUUGUUGAGGGCAAGAUUCAAGGGUAUCUCAAGCUAAUUGUUGACGAGGUCGUUUGGUCAAGAAAGAGUCCAGGAGACAUCACUGUAGUAGCUGUCUGGUGGGGAGAACUUGACAGUGCUCAAUUUAGGCCUGUCGAUAUUAAUACAGGAACACAACGAGCAGGCGAUGAUAUAGUAGAAACUUAUGCUAUCAGAACAAAUACAAAGCUUUUUGGAGAAUAUCUGAAAAAUUGCGAGACAAUUGAAUUCGUUGUUAUUAUAGAAAAAACACAUCAAUUUAUUGGAUCGGCUCAUAUUUCUGAUCUUAUAGAGAUUUCAAAGGUUAAAGCAAUAAGUAGGUAUGUGCCGAUAAUAAGCGAAGGUGGCAAUAGAUUAGGUGAUAUUCAUGUUGGAAUCAAAUUGUUGAUAAAUACUAAUAGAAUUUCAAUGAUGCCUGUUAAAGAAAAUGACUUUCAUAAAUAUGAAGAGGAUAUUAAAAAAUCAGUUUUACACCAUGAAGAUUUGGAUCUAAAACUUGAUAGCAACUGUAAAAAUGACUAUAGUAGAAAUUUGUUUAACUAUAGAAAGAAUACUCCUUUAGCAGUAAAAAAUGCUAAACACAAUGAAAAUGUCUGUAAGUCUAUUCUUAAGGAGAAAAGAGCAGAUUGGGAACAGUCUCCAAAAAAACCUAAUAGUGGAGUAACAGAUAAGCUUGUAGCACAAGUUCUUGCAAGAGCUCAGAGAUUAAGAGGCGUACUGUUAAAGGAAGCUUGCGAUGAAGAUUUAUUGGCUGCUAAUGAAAGAUCAAUGCUAGGAAUAUCAGAAUCAGAUUCUUCUAUAGAAAAUGAAGCAAAGCUGUACGAAUAUUUCCUUGGGAAGAAAAUGAGUCACUGGGCAGAGCAUAAAGCAUUAGAAACACUGAAAUCCACAUCACCUACACCUAGCCUACUUAAUCUUGCCACAGAAACAAUUAAAUCGUGUCAAUUCAAUAAUAAUGAAGCAGACACAAAGGAUUAUAGCUCUCACAAUAAAAUGAAUGAAAUAGAGAAAACAAUAUCCAGUGGGUCAAUUAUUACAAAAUCAAAUGAAACAUCUCCUUUGGAUCAUGUAGACAGUAUUAGAUUUAUAAUUGAAUCCUUAUCGCUGACUUCAGCAGGCUUCAGAAGAGUACGAUCUUCAUGUUUGUCUCGGGGAGAUGGCGUUCCAGUUUCUGUUACAUACUUUGUUCAGUAUGAAACAGUAUUUGCAAAUAUAAAAAAAAAUAAUAGAAAUUUAGAAAAAGAAAAUAGACCUGCACAUAUGUGUUCGAAAAGGCAGAUUGGACAAGUUAUCUACUUUAAUCAUGAAGCAGUUUAUAGUAUAUCGAAAGCUUGCCUUCAUUCAGAUACACCGAUAAAAUUUAAAGUAUUUAAUCGACACUUGAAUCAAAGAACACCAACAGAGCUCGGAAUUGGAUUUAUGCGAAUUAGUGACAUAGCGCAAACAGAUUUUUUGUCUAUGACUCAGAAAGUGGCCAUUGUUAAUAAAGGUAUCAAAAUCGGUGAACUGAAGGUAUUGACUGAAUUGGGAUGUGACUGUAUUCAUUUUGGAAGACAAUUUGUUGAAGCUGUAAUGUGUGCAAAAGAAAAUAUUCCAAUACUUGAGAUAUCAUCGUCGAUGAAUUUAGGAAGUAAUAGAUACAAAAGUGCAACAGGAACAGAAUCAAAGACAAACAGUCGAGUUUCAUCUGCUUCAAUGAAACAGAGAGGACACGUUAACAACGAAGCCGAUAAUAGCGCGAGUAAUAGAGAUGUGCCGCAACGUAACAAACAAAAUUCAGAAGACCAAAUUGUUGGUAUUAAGAAGCCUGAACAUACUAGUAAUGACAAAAUCUUGCUACAUGGAUUGAUAUUUAUCGCCGAGGGCAGAGAUUUACCACAACAGAAUACGUACUUAAUUUGUCGAGCAUUGUGGCGAGAAGACAGAGCUACAAGUCGUCUUUGUAACGGCUCCAACAAUCCCUUGUACAAUUUUCAUCAGUUGAUUCCCUUGAUACAUGGGCCAGACCUAUUGGAACGAACAAAGGACAAUUGCAUCAUAACUGAAAUUUACAGCAAGAACUCUUUAGGGACAGAUAGUCUCAUAGGCAUAGCAAAACUGCCAGUACAUCAACUCUACGUGGCCUACAGAGAUCCUCAAGUGGUACCACAUUUAUUACAAUUGAAGUAUCCCAUCAUCAGUGUCGAUGGUUGGGUUCCUAUAGUCAAUCCAGUAACUGGCCAGCCUUCUGGACAACUAUUAGCACUAGUAGCACUUGGAACUGCCGACCAAAUUGCCUUGUUAGAGAUGAUUAGAGGUCUCCGUGACUGCGCAGUCACCCCUCGUACUUUACGAAACCACCCGAACGGUGCCUUGGAACAAGAGAGAUACCGACAAGCCGUUCAAGACCCGUCAACUAAUCCAAUAAUCGAAGACCAGAAUUCUGCAAGUUGUUGUCCGAUAAUCGACAACAAUGUUCUUGCAUCGAGAGGUUCGGAGAGUCCGCGGCGAUCGACUAAUAUUCAAAUUAUGAAGACUCAGGAGUCGCAGACUGAUGUAACAACGAUCGAAGGAGCAAAAGCCACUGAUAACGUUCUCGCUCAAGCUCGAACAGAGAUCUUGAAUUCUCAAAGCUCGGUCUUACAUGAGUUGGUAGAUAGAUUAGCCCAGGUUUUGAGUGCGCCGAAAGCAAACUCCAUCCAGACCGUUGAGACCCAAACCUCUACUCCGGAGGAACUCAAAGCAUCUACAUCUGCCAAAAGACUGUGCCUGGAUCUAUCCUGCAACAACAGUCUAUCGGAUAACAGUAGUAAUGGCAGUCCUAGAGAACCCUUUCGCAUUCCUACCGAAAUGUAUCGGAGUGUCGGAGUAGGAGCUGAAUUUGAUGAAGAGGCUAAUCUGUUGCCCAGUACCAGCUACGGCAUCGAGCACUCUGAUUUAUCCCCAAGAUUACAGCCCUUGGUGGACGAUGAUCGAGAUACAGAGCGAGAACUCUCCCAUUCCGAGGAACCAUUUUUCAGAGCAGCCGUGGAAAUCGAGUGCGCUCUGCAUUUACCAAAAGUCGAGCGACUCGACGAUGCCAUCGAACCCAGCACCUAUGUCACCUUUCAAAAAUUCAGAAAUUCAACCAAUGUUGAACAGUUUGGGUCCUACGUAAUUACAAAUGUAUAUCCAAGUAACUGCAAUCCAAAAUGGGAAUGGAGAUGUGACACCAGACUACCGACUGAGCUGCUAGUUAAUGAUGAGAAAAGAAUGAUUCUAAAGGUAUGGCGAUUACUGGAUGCAGAAGUGAACUCGAAAGUUGAUUUAGAGCAUGACAUAGUCAUAGGAUUUUCCGCUUUAGACUUAUCGGUACUCACUGCAGGUUUUCCAAUAGUAUCUGGUUGGUUCCAUAUCAUGGACUUCACUGGAAAAUGCAACGGUCAGAUUAAGGUCACUGUAACUCCAUUAGAAGAUAUUUCAUCUUUUGGAAAAACAAUUUCUUCUAAAAGUCUUUCCAAAGCACCAGCUCCAGGUCCUACUGAACUUAAUUGGUGUUCGGCAUAUCCACAAAAUACGUUAAAUUCUGGUGCAACCUUCAAUAAUGCGAUUAAUCCUGCUUGUUGCGCUGAAUCUAGAGUUCCAAACAGCCACAAUCGAUUAGAUAACGAUCCUGCAGUUGAACUGGGAUUUGGAGAUGUCUCGAUGUCAUUUUUAUCUUUAUCUCUGCAACAAAAGCUUUCGGAACUACAUGAAAUUACGAAACGCCUGCAGUCUCGUUUGCAUGACGUUACGAACGCAGCAUUCGACGACGACUUUGAUAACGAUUUCGAUACAAACGAUCCGGACAUGGAUAAUGAUUACAGGAAUAAUGCAGAAAAUCCAGCAACUGCCAACACAGUGUUUUGCGACAUUGCAAACUGGUCAAUGUCUAACAAUCGACCUCCGGAUCAUGGCAUCGUGAAUGGAAGUCGAAAAUCUCACAUUUACGAGGACAAUGUAAAACAACUGUCUCAUUUAACUGGAAGCAACAACGGAAUAAGCCCGGAGCCCAAUUUUACGGAUACCGGAUAUUCGACGAGUUCGAACGUUCCUUCAAAUCGGCCGCUAUCAAAUGGCCAACAUAAUACUAUAACUAAAAACGGGAAUCAUUUGAUAAAUGACGAUUCUUCGAAUGUCAAUAACGGUUAUCCUGCUAGGGGUACCAGAACUCACAUCGGUCACCUGCUGGACAAGUUAUCGCUUCAGUUGUCCGCGGCUCCUCCACCAGCAACUUGUAGUUUUCCUAUGAAGAGGAACGUCAUUGACUUAGUGAAUAGCCUACAAUACCGAAAUAAUAGUGCGAGAUACACAGAUAGAAGGUACAGACAGAACGCUCGCACGGUUCUUACUCAGACUGAUAACGUGGAUCAAAACUCGAGGGCCAAUCUAGUGGACUCCAGAAAUUCGGAGUCGCGGAGUAAUUAUGGUAGUAACAAUGAUUUUGACAUGUCCGUUAACGGGGCUUCCGUGAGGAGAGAAAGAAUAUCUACGUUAAUUCGCGAAGAGUUGGUAGCUGAAGAGAAUAACGACACGCCCGAUUGCGACGAACUGUCCACUCACCUCGUAACUUCCAACGUUCGUCAUAUGGGUACAGGAGGUAUUUUUCAUCCUCUUAUAUACCAACAUCUGAUCCCCGAUGUCCACGCUAAUGUUGGUUCAAGCGUUACCUGCAAUGCAGCGCAAUCAGAGCAUAAUUUGGAUUCCACUCCCGAAUCAGAGGCAGUCAUGCAGUUGGACAACGCCUACGUAGAGAAUUUUAAUGCUACUAUUAAUAAUGGUUUAAGCAGAAUACGGAACCUCAUUGAUAUAGAUACUCUUCCAUCCAGCGAGGGUGGAGGUCCGUUAGGAAGUCGAGACUUAAUGGAUAUUUCUGAGGGACAUAUCGAAGCUUUUAGACUUACACCCUCUGGUGUGUCGGAGAACGUUGAUAGAAAUAUCGACGUGACUCUUGUUCGUAAACCCAGCAAUGACGACUUAAUGGCAAGCAAUAGCGCGGAGUCGACUAGUACGAUCUCUCCGGAUAAAUCCUCCGCUCGACGAACUGUCGACGUUGAUGACGACAGAUCUUUGACCUCUUCGGAAUCCUCAGUUUCCGGAGUAUCAAGACAAGCUCCUGAUGGAGGUAAUCCUGCGGAAGAAACAGGAAAGGUGCAACUAAAGACUCGAGUUCAGGAUUCUCAAGAUUCUACCACGGACAGUUAAUAGCAUUACAAUCUUUUUAAUUUGAUGCCUAAAAAGGAUCAAUGUGUAUCUCAGUAAUUUUUAUGAGGAUAGGAACUGAUUCCAAACUUAAAUGAAAGUUCUUCAUCCUGAUAAUUAUUGUUUAGACAGACAGUCCAAACGAAAGCCUCUCUUUUACAAAUGUAUUGUUCAGUGAACUUAAGGGCUUUCAGAUUUAAAUUAUACAAGCAAUUCAUUCGCGUUGUAUUAUGACUUGCAAUUUAUACUUUAUGAAAAGGACUUUAAAUACAUCGUCUGGUGAGACUAACCGAUUUCUCUAUACGAAAAGCUAGAAGGAAGUUUUUUACAAAGCUCUUUUUUUAAGUAUCGUUCAACUUGGGCACACUAACGGUGAUGCUAUUUUCAUUAAGUGUGCUACGUCGGUUUGCCGUCGUAACUUGAAGGAGCAAAUUGCAUAUUCCGUGUAACAGGAAUAUCCGCUUGUUGAUUUCAGAGUUAUGCGGUAACAAUAAUCGACACCGUCAAUUUGAAACAAUUUUCAUAAAUGACUAAAAUUGUACGUAAAAUUGUCAAGUGAAUCUCAAACGAUAUAAACAAUUUGAUAGCGGAAUUGGAAGAAACUUAAUUGCAGUUCUUAAAAAACGGAACAUGAAUCGACAAAUGUUUACAGUUCUUUUUUAUACACAGUGCACGACUGCGCCGAGAAGGCAUUCAGCCAGAAAAUGCUGAUUUAAGAGGGGUCAAAAGUAACAUUUUACUACCUAAAAUUUUUAACUCUUAAGUUAAAUUAGGAAAAAGUCUCGAGCCCCUUUCAUUUUAUUAUCUCGGAACAUGCGUCAAAGUGUUCUUUCUCUGACGACUGAAUACCGUGUAUACGUAAUAACGAUAUCCGAAAAAUCAAUAUAACUACACAGAUACUAUUCUAUCGAUCUAGUUUCCUAAGUACACUACAUUGUUUUACGCAUUUACAGCGCGAUGCGAUCAGCGAUAUUUUUAUAUAAUCUUUUCUGUACAUAGCGCUCGACUAGAAAUAUUGUAGAUGUAGAAUAUUACUGGACAUACACAUACCGAUAUUCGACGAUAAAAUAAAUCUGUACGCCAUGAAUAAAAUCAAAACACAUUCGAUGUACCUUUUAA